AUGCACAACAACAACAAAACCAACCCCAGCCCCAAAAUCAAAACCAGCUCCAGCCUCGGCCUUUUGAACCAAACCCUGGACGGGACCCCGGAAAGAGAGAGACGCGGGAGGCACGAGGGGAAAAACGAAACUAUGGACCGCGACCUCAUAUACCCGGCUGAUCUAGGGUUCGCCGCCGAUGAAGCGCCGGGGCAAAGGACACCAACUGAAAAACCCCAAGGGGAAAAAAGGAAGAGGCUAUCACACUCACAUACACCACCACCAUCAUCAACAACACCGCUACCAUCGCCACCUCUACCAGACAUAAUACGCAACACUUCACCGAACACAGAAAACACAGGAAACCCAAAACAGCAGCAAAUACAACAGAAGAACGAUGACAAUAAACCAUCAUCAUCAUCAUCGUCGUCGUCGUCUACGUCCUCGUCCUCCUCCUCGUCUGCCUCGUCUGCCUCGACUGCCUCGCCGCCGCACUCACCGCGCUCACUGCACUCACCAACGACGCCACCACCGAUGUCACCGACAUCAACAACGCCUACAAAAGCUCCUGCAUCACAGCCUCGACCAUCGCCUUUGCCUUCACCUACUUCCUCCUCAUCAUCAUCACCAUCGCCAACACCCUCUUCACCACAAAGGGCAUCACAAAGCACAAAAACAACAACAAAUACGCCAGUACACCCACAGACCCCACAGAUGCUUCCACUUCCAAACCCAACUCCAAAUGGAAAUCCAAACCCAAAAGAGGUAACAACAACACCAACAAAACCCCACAACCAAAGAAACCAGCACAAAAUCAAGCAGUGUACGUUAUGUGGGUAUGUCUCGCGAAAUGGGCAUAUGCUGCGUCAUCAAAGCAGCGUACAUAAGGGACUAAUGGUGGAGAGGGGAAGGAAGGAGUUCAAGAAACAUGGAGCAUUCGAAACAGACACACCAGCUAAGAAGUACUGCCCGCAAAAACACCUGCCUCCGCUGUGGUUGGUGAGGGCGGUCACUGGAGUAAAUAAGAGAUGGCUGGAAGCACUUUACACUGGAAUAAUACCGGAGGACGAGGGCGAGGAGGAGGAGGAGGAGAACUAG